AUGUCAUCGAAUAAUAAACCGUAUGAUCCAAAAUUACAACAACUCUUUCCUUUACCCAGUAAUUUACGUGCUAAUGUCAAAAAAACUGAUGUUGUCACUCAACCGCACCGUACUGAACAGGAGUAUUUUGACUCCGAUGAUACGGAUGACAAUGCGCAUAGUAGAGCCAAAGCAUCGGCGAGUAAAAAAUAUGAUGAUGAUCUAGAUUAUCAACCAGCUCCGGGCAGUCCGAGUUAUAAAGCUUCACAAAAGGACGAAGAUGAAGAUGACGAUGAAGAAGAAGAUCCGCUUGAACAAUUUAUGAAGGCGAAUAAUAAUCAAGCAAAAAAAGAUCUUGAGACAAUGGGAAAGAAGAAAGAAAAGAAACAAGAGAAGGGAGCACGUGAUGACAUUGAUAAAGAAGACGAUCAAGAGUCGUAUUUUCGUUGGCUGGAAGAGAAUCCUAACGCUGGUUUACCCAUCGCGGACGACGAUGAUGAGGAUCGAGAAUUACAAUAUGACGAUGAUGGCAAUUUGAUUGCACCGGAGAUAUCGAAAGUAUGUGACAGAAGUGAAGAAAUAACGAUUGAAAGAAAGAUUGUUUCACAGGUUAUCGACCCGCUUCCACCAAUCGAUCAUUCUGAAAUCAAAUACGCGCCAUUUGAAAAGAACUUUUAUGUUGAACAUGAAGAUAUUCGAAGUCUUUCCACUGAUCAAGUCAAUGAAUUAAGACAUAAACUUGGAGUAAAUGUUCGUGGUGUGAACAUUCCACGUCCAGUUGUUAGUUUUGCUCAUUUUGGUUUCGAUGAACGUUUGAUGAAAACACUGCGGAAAUCAGAAUUUUCGACUCCAACUGCAAUUCAAGCACAAGCUAUUCCAAGCGCAUUGAGCGGACGGGAUAUAAUCGGUAUUGCAAAGACCGGUAGCGGUAAAACUGGAGCGUUCGUCUGGCCAGCGAUUGUUCAUAUCAUGGCACAAGAUCAACUUAAAGUUGAUGACGGUCCCAUUGUUUUAAUUUGUGCGCCAACGCGAGAAUUAGCUCAACAAAUUCAUCUUGAAUGUAAAAAAUAUGGAAAGCCUUAUAAUAUCAAUUCAGUAUGUGCAUUCGGUGGAGGAAAUAUGCAUGAGCAAAUUGUGGCUUGUAAAGAAGGAUGUGAAAUUCUGGUUUGUACACCGGGUCGACUAAUUGACUUGGUUAAGAAAAAAGGAACUAACUUACAACGUGUUACUUAUGUGGUAUUCGACGAAGCUGAUCGAAUGUUUGAUAUGGGUUUCGAACCACAAGUUCGUUCAAUAGCUGAUCAUAUACGUCCUGAUAGACAAUGUCUCUUAUUCAGUGCUACAUUCAAGAAAAAAGUUGAAAAAUUAGCAAGAGACAUUCUCACUGAUCCUGUUCGUAUUGUUCAAGGUGAAGUCGGUGAAGCAAAUCAAGAUGUUCUUCAAAUAGUUCACGUUUUACCCAAUGGUUCAGCAAAAUGGACUUGGCUACUGUCGAAACUCGUCGAAUUCACAGUGUUGGGCAAAGUUUUAAUAUUUGUGACCAGAAAAGAUAACUGUGCUGAGCUAGCAAAAAAUCUAAAAGAAAAUGGUUUUACCGUUGGUCUUAUUCACGGUGACAUGGCUCAAUAUGAUCGUUCACAAGUCAUUAAUGAAUUUAAAAAGCGUGAUAUGCCUAUUCUAAUUGCUACAGAUGUAGCUGCUCGUGGUUUGGAUAUACCAGCGAUCAAGACGGUUGUGAAUUAUGACAUCGCACGCGAUAUCGAUACGCAUACACAUCGAAUUGGUCGCACAGGACGUGCUGGUGAAAAAGGAACGGCAUAUACAUUGCUAACAUCGACAGAUAAAGACUUCGCGCCGAAUCUCGUGCGUAAUCUAGAAAAUGCAAAUCAAAAUGUAUCGCUAGAUUUGUUGAAUAUGGCCAUGCAGAAUAGUUAUUUUGCUGGCAGUCGAUCUCGACAUGGUGGCGGUGGUAAACAUUUUACGCUCGGAAACCGUGAGCAGAGAGAACGACCUGGCUUCGGUUCGAAUAGUGGCCUGUCGUCAUCAUCAUCAUCAUCAGCACCACCACCACGAACAACGGUAGAUUCUUCGAAUCCAUUCGAUUACGACGGACCAUCAUCAAGAAAACCAACAAUAUCGGUUGGUCCAAUGACUGAUUGGCGUGGCGGUGCGAGUGCUUCGUCUGGCAUGAGUGGUACUAACCGAGCGUCAGCCAUGAAAGCAGCCUUUCAAUCUCAAUUUAAAUCAAGUUUUGUUGCAGCAACAGAUACUAGUCUUAAAAGUCACUCCGUAGCUGUGCCUAGUUCAGUAUCACAAAAGCGAACGGGACAACAGCAACAAACGACAACUGAUUCAACAUCAACGACAAAAAGAAGUCGAUUCAGUGAUUAA